AAAAGCGCCGUAUCGGGUAUCUAUAAACAAAAAGUCAACCAUGCUGAUCCCAAAGACAACAGCACUUUUGACCAGGUGUACUUCACGAACGACGCCCACUACAAAGCGGGUGGUCCCGUAUUUUUCUUGUUUGGCGGCGAGGGGGCAGCCAGCUCAGUUAGGUUGAGCAGCAUGACCAAUAUUGGGGACAACGCCAAGACGUACGGCGCUCUACUGGUCGAGUUGGAGCACCGGUUCUACGGGAAGUCCCAACCCUUCGCGGAGCUAACCGUCGAUAACCUGAAACACCUGAACAGCGAACAGGCCCUCAAAGACGCCGAUGAGUUCAUACAGUAUUUGCUGAAACAGAGGUCCAUUGAGAAUGCCAAGGUCAUUGUGUUCGGGGGCUCGUAUGCCGGUGCGUUGGCCGCUUGGUUCCGGGAGAAGUACCCGAAAACAGCUGCCGGUGCCAUAGCGUCCAGCGCUCCC